AUGCCUACCGCCACCCACAAGAACCGUAAAAAGCGUGGUCACGUGUCCGCAGGUCACGGUCGUAUCGGAAAGCAUCGCAAGCAUCCGGGUGGGCGUGGUAACGCCGGUGGUCAACAUCACCAUCGCAUCCUCUUCGAUAAGUUCCAUCCUGGGUACUUCGGUAAGGUCGGUAUGCGCCAAUUCCACUUGCUCCGCAACAGAUACCACUGCCCCACCGUGAACGUGGAAAAGUUGUGGUCGUUGGUGUCGGCGCAAGUCAAGGAAACCGCCGAAGCCUCCAAGGACGGCAAGGCCCCCAUCAUUGACGUGACCAAGGCCGGCUACUUCAAGGUGCUCGGCAAGGGCCGUCUCCCCGCUGUCCCUGUGAUCGUCAAGGCCAAGUACUUCUCCCAAGAAGCCGAAAACAAGAUUAAGGCUGUGGGCGGUGCGUGCUUGUUGACUGCUUAA